GGGUACGGUGCUCAACCUAUGCACCUCGACAACCUCAACAAAGGACGUGGAUUUGGACGCGCUAAGCCAAACGAAGGACCUAAGGGUCAACACAACAAGGACAGAAAGAAAAUUACUUGUUACGCCUGUGGCAAGGAAGGCUAUAUGGCACGAGACUGUCGAAGCAAGAAUAAGGUCACUCGACAACUGAACGUUAUCCGAAAAGACUCCAGCCUCGACGAUGGCGAGUUAUGGAACGACGUAAUGCUUACCACCGCUAAGAGCAGCGAGGACGAAAAGAACCCGCUUAGCGACGAGGAAUACGAGACGCCAGCAGAAGAAGAAUUUCCUGCGGCACCUACGAAGCACGAGAAGAUAGCUAGGUUCAAGGAAAGGAACCGACCCGCUACGCCAAAGCCGACAGAGCUGGAACCCGCUCAAGAAGAACCCCGAUGGGAUCCGGUACAACAGAUAACUCCACCCACACAAGAAGCAUGGCAACAAUCACAAAAGGAAUACCAAGCCACCAGGCAGCAGCAGGACAACAACAACUGGUACUGGUAUGAUGCACGCAACGCACACCAUGCUCGACUCUCAUGGACAGCAUGCCUAGCUGCCUACUGCCCAGCCCAUUACUCAGACAAACAAGGAGCGGGAUGGAAUCCUAAGACCAUCCGAGGAUACCCUAAAUGCAAAUACCACUGGUUCGAAUGCGUAGACGACAAAUGCCCAAAACACCUAUGGGACAAGAGGGAGAAGAAGCACUUCCCAGGCCACGACGACCCACAAGAGGUCAUACAGAUGCAAACAGUAUACCGGACGGAGUACGUGGACGAUCACACGUACGCUUGUCAACGACAAGACUAG